AUGUGGCGCCCGACUUUCACAAUUUUAAGAAAAGUGGUUUUCCCUUCAUUGAAGGACAAUAUAAGGCUCUCGAAGAUAUUUUAUACCACUAAAAGUCGGCUGCCGAGGUCUACAGCAAAGUUAACCCUAGUCAGUGCUGGUGUUGGUGUACUCAUUGGGGCUGGUUAUGGAGGUUAUACACAUUAUAAAUUAAACUCCAAGAAGAAUGUAGCGCUCACCGAAACUGAAGAAUACGCUUUUUUUCAAGAAGCCCCAAAAUAUCAGGCGCACUAUAAAAUAAUUAAUGAAACUGAUACAACUAACUUGCAAUUAGUUUUAUUCCAAUAUCAAACAUGUCCAUUCUGUUGCAAAGUACGCGCAUAUCUUGAUUCAAAAGGCAUCAGCUAUGAAAUUGUUGAAGUAGAUGCAGUUCUUCGACAAGCUAUAAACUGGUCUGAUUAUAAGAAAGUACCUAUAUUGCUUGCAAAAGUUGAUGGAGGUUACCAGCAACUAUUUGACAGUACGGCAAUAAUAUCCAUGCUCGAAACCUUUUUACGCGAUAAAACCUUGCAGUUACACGAGAUAAUAAAAUUUUAUCCUAUAACAAAAUAUAUCAAUGAAGAUGGCAAAAACACAACAGACAUUACUAAUAAAUAUUUUAUUAUGCAUAAUUCUACCAAUGUCCAUGAGAAAGAAAAAAGAGCUGAGAAUGAGGAGCGUGAAUGGCGACAAUGGGCGGAUCGAGUUUUAGUCCAUACCCUGUCACCCAAUGUGUACCGCACUGCUGGUGAAGCCCUGGAAACUUUUAAGUGGUUUGAGGAAGUAGGCGGUUGGAGGCAGUCCUUCCCAAGCUGGGAGUGUAUCUUGAUGGUAUACGGCGGAGCCGCUGCUAUGUGGAUGAUAGCCAAAAGACUUAAGGCCAGGCAUAAUAUAAAGGAUGAUGUCAGACAAUCAUUGUAUGAUGCAGCUUGUACCUGGAUGGAUGCUGUGAAAAAGAAAGGUACACGUUUCUUAGGCGGGGAACAGCCUAAUCUAGCUGAUGUUACUGUAUAUGGUGUAUUGAGCAGUAUAGAGGGUUGCCAAGCUUUCAAGGACCUCAGAAAGAACACUGAUAUUGGAUUAUGGUACGACGAGAUGAGGAAAAACAUGGAAAGUAAGAGAGGUAGAGCUCUGGCCAUUAAUGCUUAA